GUUACUUUUUAAUUUGUGAUUUUGUGAAUAUUUUUGCAGAAAAGCCAUUUCUAUGACGUAAUCGACCAAGUAAAAUCAUACUAUGGAGCCAUCUACCAGCGCGGAAGCUGCUGCUGCAGCCGCUGCAGCAGGUCCAGAUCCACGCCUUGAGUUAAUGGGUUCCUUCGUUAUAAAAUCACUGAAAUUAAAACCUGAAAAAUGGACACGAGUCAUAACAGUAGAAGAGCACAAGGCUAUCAUAAAGGAAUUUCUCGAUCGGCCCGUGCCCGUUGUCCUAGUUAUAAUUCUCACACAAGCCGCACAAUUAGUACCAUCUACGACAUUUCCCCUCUCACAGCUAAAGAGUAAAGGGGUUUAUUUCAUUAAGAAACAUCCCGAACCAGUUCCACGUGAGGACUGUGGGAAUUUCAUUAUUUAUGGUGAUUUAGCAACACGGACCAUUGAUCAGCUAUCCGCCUUGGUGGAGGAAGUUCUUGUACCGUUACUCUCCAAUGAUGUUAAUUACAAAUCGUGGCCCACAAUGGUUGCACAGGAUGUACAAAAGCAUGUGCAUAGUUUGAAAAGUACUGUUCAUCAGGUGAAGGGACAGGUGAGCGGUGAGACUAUACUUGCGAUGCCAGUGGGUGUGGAGUUGAUUGUUAAAUUAGCAGCGAAGCUAAAUGGCUCACGUCGCAUUGCCAUUGAUUUAUAUUUGAAAAGCGCCAUCGAAGGUGUGGUAAUUAAGUGGGCGGAACAAAUACACGAAGUCAUAAAAGAGAAUCCGUCGAAUGCAUUUCAAAAUGGACAGAAUCCAACACCACAAGUGGAAAUCGCAUUCUGGAAUAAUCGCCUAAAGAACUUAUCCUUCAUAUUCGAUCAAUUGCGCGGAGAACGUAUACGCGCUAUGGCCUUAGUGCUAGAGUACAGCAAUAGUGCAUAUCAUCCAUGCUUCCAGGGAAUAUUCAAAAAUGUCGUAACAGCGCUUGCCGAGGCCAAGGAUAUAACUCUUUAUCUCAAUCCCUUGAAGCGUUAUAUACAACAAUUGGAAGAAAUAGAUUUUGCCGAAUGCAAACCCCUUCUAAUACCACUAAUGUAUGUAGUGUGCACUAUGUGGGGAAGUUCACGUUAUUACAGUAAUUCUUCAAAAAUAACAGUUUUGCUGAAACAAAUUUGCAAUCUGAUAAUACACCAGGCGAAGCGUUACUUGGACCCUUCCUCCAUAUUUCAUAGUGACAUUGAUGAGGCGAUGCAACGUUUAACACAAUCUAUACAAAUAUUGAAAUUUUUUCGUGAACUAUUUGAUUACUACAAGGAACACUUAACAGACUUCUUUCCCACACCAGAGGAGAGACCACCGAUUUUCUGGACCUUUCAUCCAAAUUCCGUUUUCAAUCGCUUUAAUGCGUUCUUGGAGCGUCUAACAACCAUACAAUGGUUCUUCUUUACGGUGAUUGAAUUCUUGAAAUUAGAGAAAGUUGAAAUUGGUGGUCUACGCGGUCGGCAAUUGAGUACUCGCAUCACGGCUGUGUAUGUAGAGUUCAAUCAAUAUUUUACAGCAUUCGCCUCCAAGUCAUAUGAUGUACUUGAUCCUGAUGAUCAUGAAUUCGAUAAUGAUUUCGAAAAUUUUCAAACACAUAUAUUAGAAUUGGACAUGAAGUUGGCUGCAAUAUUGUGUCAAGCGUUUGAUGAUUGUCAUAAUUUGGAAAGCAUGUUCAAGUUGAUAAAUAUUGUCGGCAGCGUAAUUGAUCGUCCCAAAAUUAAGGAACAAUUUACUCAACGAUAUACCGAAAUCGUACAAAUGCUUGAAGUAGAAAUGACGACUUGUGAGGAUAUAUUUUAUAAGCAACUUGAUUUGCAACAAAUGAAUAUGAAUCUAUAUCCUGACUACAAUUGUCCGCCAGUAGCCGCUUUCAUACGUUGGUGCAAUCAACUGGAAGCUCGCAUUAGUACACCAGUUCAAAAUUUCCAGAAGCUGCAGCACGAUAUUACCAAAUCCGAGAUGGCAGUUGAUAUAUUUACACGCUACGAACGACUGAUGCGUCGUCUGGGUAUACAUAAGACGUGUGCCUUCGAUGAAUGGAGUGAAAAGUUGGCCGAGCAAAUCGAAACGAAUUUGAAAGUAUCGCUUAUUGCACGCGAUCCCAAUAGUAAUUCGUUAAUUUUGAAUUUCAGCCCAGAACUCUUUAGUAUUCUACGAGAGGUUCACUAUUUGAAACAAAUGGCUGUUGAGGGCAUACCCGAGAUAGCUUUGAACUUCGCUGAGAAAAAUGAAACAUUCCGUUCGUAUACAUUAAAUUUAGAGAAGACAAUUGAUUGGUAUAAUACGAUACAGGAGAAUAGCUCGCCAGUUGAGCUGCAGUUGAUCGAAUCGGAAAUUAAGCAAAUUGAUGAUUUAGUGGAGAUUGGAGUUAACGAAUUGGUGUGGAAUUCAGAGGAUAUCACCACAUAUUUGGAUAAAUUGCGCACACCUGUCGCUGCUUUGCAAAAUCGCAUGCACCAUACUCAAAGUAAUCUCCAACGUAUCGGUCAACUUAUGUCUGUUUGGGCUAAGCAACCGCUUUUCGAACGAAAAGACUCCAAAAAAGAUACGGUGCUAUCGAUCGAAGAGCGUCCGGAUCGUACGGCAAAGCGUUAUGCCGAAAUUCAAGCCGCUUCCGUUGAGAUACACAAAUUACUCGAAGACAAUAUGGUUCAGUUUAAUAUGGAAGAUAAGCAAGAUGAUGAAAUUUGGUUGAAUUAUGUCGACUUCGUUGAUAAUAUUGUCUAUGAGAAUUUAUUGAAGACUGUGGGGGUGAGUGUUGGUUAUUUGGCUGAGAACAUGGAUGUUGAUAAUAACUGCGCGCCACUUUUCGAAUCCCGUUUGGAGUUGGUAGAACCCAAUUUAGUGUUUGUGCCCUCACUAGAUCCUGAAGAUCCUAUGGGUUUCAAUAAUAUGCUGAUCGAAUUAAUGCGGGACAUAAUGAAAAUGGCUACACUGAUAAAGCGUUUAAAGAAGAAUGAAAAACGCAAUUAUGGCGAUAUGGUGAAAGAAAAUCAAGAUAUCAUUGAUAUGCGGCGCGAGAUUCUAAACGGUGUGGAUCGCGUUAUGGAAGAAGCUUCACUUUUCUGUCGACAAUUCGAACGCUACUCUUACCUCUGGCUGGACGAUCGUCAAGAGUGUAUGGAGUAUUUUCUGGAAUAUGGACGUAUUUUAGAUGUGGACGAGAUUGACUUGGUGCUAAUGAAGGAGCCAAUGGCACCUCAGCCUUGUCCACCAACCAUCGAGGCAUUCCGUGAGCAAAUCGACAACUAUGAAUCAUUAUUUAACGAAAUAGAAGACAUAGCACCAUUUCAAAUUUUCAAUUCAUGGUUCCAAGUCGAUGUACGACCCUUUAGGCAAGCAUUGCUGAACACCGUAUGCAAAUGGGGCAAUAUGUUUAAAGAACAUUUAGUCAAUACAGUUACAAAUAAUCUAAUGGAUUUGAGUAGCUUCAUAAGAAAAGCGGAUGAAGGUCUAUUGCAGACCGUUAAAGAGGGUGAUUACGAUGGACUCGUCAGCAUUAUGGCCUAUCUAAUGCAGGUGAAAGAGCGUGCUGUCAAAACGGAUAAUAUGUUUGAACCCAUGCAAGAGACUAUACAAUUGUUGAAAUAUUUCGACAUGGAUAUACCGGAGGAGGUGAAUGUAUUGUUGCAGGAGUUACCCGAACAAUGGGUGAAUACGAAGAAGAUUGCGUCGACUGUGAAGCAACAGGUGUCGCCAUUGCAGGCCACCGAAGUGGUACGUAUACGCAAUAAGGUGGCCGAGUUCGAGUCGCAUACACAACUCUUCCGUGAGAUUUUCAAACAUUAUAAAUUCUUCCGCUUUGAUUGUCAUGAGCCCUAUCUGCUAAUCGAUCGUAUAAAUGACGAUAUUUAUCGCUUGGAAUGUGAAAUGCGUGACAUUCAACAGUCGGGUAGUCUCUUUGAAGUCAACAUACCCGAGUUUAAGGCAUUGAAGCAAUGUCGUAAGGAAUUGCGCAUGUUGAAGCAACUUUGGGAUUACGUAUAUAUUGUGCAGACUUGCAUCGAAGAUUGGAAGACAACACCUUGGCGUAAAGUAGAUGUUGAGAAUAUGGAUAUUGAGUGUAAGAAAUUCGCUAAAGACAUCCGCCUGUUGGACAAGGAGAUGCGUGCAUGGGAUACUUUCAUUAAUUUGGAAUCGACUGUGAAGAAUAUGCUGACAUCAUUGAGAGCUGUUGGUGAAUUGCAAAAUCCUGCUAUUCGCGAGCGUCAUUGGAAUCAACUUAUGAAUUCUACUAAGAAUUUAGCCGCUUUACCAAAGGAAAUAACGGUUAAAUUCAUAAUGGAUCACGAAACGACACUUGCCGAGCUGUUGGGCCUGAAUUUACAUGAAUGCGAAGAGGAGGUGAAGAAUAUUGUCGACAAAGCGGUGAAGGAAAUGUCGAUGGAAAAGAUUUUACGUGACUUACACACGACUUGGUCUGCAAUGGAAUUCGAUCAUGAACUCCAUCCACGCACCGGCUGUAAUCUCCUCAAGGCAUCGGAGGAACUCAUAGAGACUCUCGAAGAUAAUCAGGUCUGCUUACAAAAUCUGAUAACAUCGAAGUACAUUGCGCACUUCCUUGAGGAGGUGUCAACAUGGCAAAACAAACUGAUGGUAGCCGAUCAGGUCAUAACCGUCUGGUUUGAGGUGCAACGCACUUGGACCCAUCUUGAAAGUAUCUUCAUGAGUUCCGAAGACAUACGUAAGCAAUUGCCAGUCGACUCGGAUCGUUUCGAUCGCAUCGACGCUGAAUUUCGCAUAUUAAUGGACGAAAUGUCUGUAUCAUCGAAUGUGGUGGCGUCGACUAAUCGGCCCGGGUUGAUCGAACGCUUGGAACAUUUACAAAAGGAGCUUACAUUGUGUGAGAAGGCACUGGCAGAGUAUUUGGAAACGAAACGUUUAGCUUUUCCUCGUUUCUACUUUGUAUCAUCGGCCGAUCUGCUCGAUGUACUUAGUAAUGGCAUUCAGCCAGAGAUGGUCACAAAACAUUUAACUAAACUAUUUGACUCGAUAGCACGCCUAAAAUUCAACCGUGAUGAAUCGAACGAAAUCGACACAGCUUCGGGUAUGUACGCUAAGGAUGGUGAAUAUGUGGAAUUCAAUGAAUUGGCGAGUAUACGCGGUCCGGUGGAGGUUUGGCUAAAUCGCAUCCAGGCGGCCAUGCGUGCCUCGCUACGUCAUUACGUUUCCGAAGCUGUGGUUGCCUAUGAGGAAAAGCAACGUGAACAAUGGUUAUUCGACUAUCCUGCACAGGUGUCACUCUGUGGAUCGCAAAUAUGGUGGUCCACCGAAGUGAACAUUGCCUUUGGUCGUUUGGAGGAAGGUUACGAUAAUGCCAUCAAGGAUUACUACAAAAAACAGAUCUCUCAGUUGAGCUUGCUCAUCACACUACUGCUGGGCGAGCUGACCAAGGGAGAUCGCCAAAAGAUCAUGACCAUAUGCACAAUUGAUGUACAUUCGCGCGAUGUUGUCGCUAAAAUGAUCCAAGCCAAACUGGAUUCGGGUUCCGCAUUCAUGUGGCAGUCACAAUUGCGUCAUCGCUAUGAUGAAGUUGAGAAAGAUUGUUUCGCAAAUAUUUGUGAUGCAGAAUUUCAAUAUUCACAUGAGUAUUUGGGUAAUACACCACGUCUGGUCAUCACACCGCUCACCGAUCGUUGCUACAUCACAUUAACACAGUCUCUACAUUUAAUUAUGGGCGGUGGACCAGCUGGACCGGCUGGUACGGGUAAGACCGAAACUACAAAGGAUUUAGGCCGUGCGUUGGGCAUAAUGGUGUACGUUUUCAACUGUUCCGAACAAAUGGAUUAUCAAUCGUGUGGUAAUAUCUACAAAGGUUUAGCCCAAACUGGUGCUUGGGGUUGCUUUGAUGAAUUCAACCGCAUAACAGUGGAGGUGCUCUCCGUUGUUGCGGUACAAGUGAAGUCGGUGCAAGAUGCUAUACGCGACAAGAAGGAAAAAUUCAAUUUUAUGGGUGAAUUCAUCAGCUGCGUGCCUACGGUGGGCAUAUUCAUUACUAUGAAUCCUGGUUAUGCUGGACGCACAGAAUUACCGGAAAAUCUAAAGGCUUUAUUUCGUCCUUGUGCCAUGGUUGUACCGGACUUUGAGUUAAUUUGUGAGAUUAUGUUGGUAGCAGAGGGCUUUCAAGAUGCCAGAGUGUUGGCAAGAAAGUUCAUUACGCUCUAUACGCUAUGCAAGGAGUUGCUCUCCAAGCAGGAUCACUACGACUGGGGCUUGAGGGCCAUUAAGUCUGUACUCGUAGUUGCCGGUUCCCUGAAGCGCGGCGAUCCAGGGCGUCCCGAGGAGGAGGUGCUCAUGCGUGCUUUGCGAGACUUCAACAUACCUAAGAUCGUUACAGAUGAUAUGCCGGUUUUCAUGGGACUAAUUAGUGAUCUUUUCCCCGCCUUGGAUGUACCCAGAAAACGUGAUCAAGAUUUCGAACGUACCGUUAAACAGGCCGCCUCCGAUCUUUUACUGCAACCCGAGGACAAUUUCAUAUUGAAGGUAGUUCAGUUGGAAGAGUUGUUGGAAGUGCGUCAUUCCGUUUUCAUUGUUGGCAAUGCUGGCACUGGCAAGACACAAGUGUGGAAGACCUUACUCCGCACCUACCAAAAUAUUAAACGAAAACCCAUAUUUAACGACUUAAAUCCGAAAGCCGUUACCAAUGAUGAACUUUUCGGUAUUAUCAAUCCGGCGACACGUGAAUGGAAAGAUGGCUUGUUUUCAGUGAUAAUGCGAGAUCAAGCAAACAUAACGGGUGAUCAGCCCAAAUGGAUUGUGCUCGAUGGCGAUAUCGAUCCAAUGUGGAUUGAGAGCUUGAAUACUGUUAUGGACGAUAACAAAGUGUUGACUUUGGCCAGUAACGAGCGCAUUGCGUUGACACCUUCGAUGCGCUUGCUUUUUGAGAUUUCCAAUUUGAGAACAGCCACCCCAGCCACAGUUUCCAGAGCGGGUAUACUCUAUAUAAAUCCACAAGACCUAGGCUGGAACCCUUAUGUCAGCAGCUGGGUAGAAACUCGCAAGAUACCAUCCGAAAAGUCCAAUUUGGUAAUGUUGUUCGAUAAAUAUAUACCAGCCUCGCUGGAGACAAUACGGACGCGCUUUAAAAAAAUAACACCAAUCGCCGAAAUGGCACACAUACAAAUGCUAUGUCAUUUAUUGGAAUCCUUCUUGACGCCUACGAACACACCAGCCGAUUGUCCAAAAGAAUGGCAUGAACUUUAUUUCGUUUUUGCUUGUGUUUGGGCAUUCGGAUCGGCUAUGUUCCAGGAUCAAGCAAUCGACUAUCGAGUCGAGUUCAGCAAAUGGUGGGUAAAUGAAUUCAAAACCGUUAAAUUCCCACAAGGUGGUACGGUUUUCGACUAUUUCCUCGAUACGGAAACCAAAACUUUCCUUCCAUGGACGGAGAAAAUUCCCAAAUUCGACUUAGAAUCCGAUUUACCAUUACAAGCCGUAUUGGUCCACACCUCCGAAUCAAUACGUGUUCGCUUUUUUCUCGAUUUACUCAUGAAUAUGCGUCAACCGGUCAUGUUGGUGGGCACCGCAGGCUGUGGUAAGACCGUGCUCGUCAACGAAAAACUACAAGCACUCAAUGAGAAUUAUGCCGUCACUACGAUUCCUUUCAAUUACUACACCACCUCGGAAAUGCUGCAGAAAAUACUGGAGAAGCCGUUGGAGAAGAAAGCGGGCCGUAAUUAUGGUCCGCCUGGUAACAAGACACUUAUAUAUUACAUUGACGAUAUGAAUAUGCCGGAGGUGGACUGUUAUGGUACCGUACAACCGCACACAAUUAUUCGCCAACACUUGGAUUAUGGUCACUGGUACGACCGAAACAAACUUUCGUUAAAGGACAUACACAAUUGCCAGUAUGUGGCUUGCAUGAAUCCAACAGCUGGCAGUUUUACUAUCAAUCCACGACUCCAACGGCAUUUCUGCGUGUUAGCCGUAAGCUUUCCAAGUGGUGAUUCCAUCACGUCAAUCUUUUCAAUGAUAUUGUCACAGCAUUUUGCCAAUGCUGAACAGAAGUUUAAUCCGAUAGUGACGCGCAUGACGUCUAACAUUGUUGCCGCAACAUUGGCUCUCCACAACAAAUCAACACAGAUCUUCUUACCGACGGCAAUCAAGUCGCAUUACAUAUUCAAUUUGAGGGACAUUAGCAACGUCUUCCAGGGCUUACUAUUUAGCACAGCAGAUUGUUUGACCAGCUCAUCGGAUCUUAUACGGUUAUGGCAACAUGAGACUCAACGUGUCUAUGGCGAUAAAUUAAUCGACGAGAAAGAUAUUGACAGUUUCACCAAAAUGCAACACGAUAUAGUGAAGAAAUCCUUUGAGGAAAUCGACGAAUCAGUGAUAUUUGACAAACCCAAUAUAUACUGCCAUUUCGCUGGAGGAAUUGGUGAACCCAAGUACAUGCCCGUUAUGGGCUGGACUGAGCUUCACAAACUCCUUCAGGAAGCAAUGGCAUCGUACAACGAUUUGGUGGCGGCAAUGAAUUUGGUGCUAUUCGAAGACGCCAUGAUGCAUGUGUGCAGAAUAAACCGUAUAUUGGAGUCGCCACGCGGUAGCGCACUGCUGGUCGGUGUUGGUGGCAGUGGUAAGCAAUCAUUAUCACGUCUAGCUGCUUUUAUUUCAAGUUUGGAAGUGGUGCAAAUCCAACUUAAAAAGGGUUAUGGCAUCAACGAUCUCAAGAACGAGUUUUCAGGUUUAUAUCUGAAAGCUGGAUUGAAGAAUGUUGGCAUUAUGUUUCUUAUGACCGAUGCACAAAUACCAAGCGAAGAUUUUCUAGUGCUCAUCAAUGACAUGCUCUCUACCGGCGAAAUUCCAGAUCUCUUCCCCGACGAUGAAAUUGAAAACAUUAUUGCCGGUGUACGUAACGAAGUUAAAGGUGCUGGUUUGGUGGAUUCCCGUGAGAACUGUUGGAAGUUCUUCAUUGAUCGCGUGCGUAAGCAAUUGAAGAUAGUGCUCUGCUUCUCCCCUGUCGGCUCGACGUUGCGUGUACGUUCGCGUAAAUUUCCGGCAAUAAUAAAUGCUACAUCCAUCAAUUGGUUCCACGAGUGGCCACAGGAGGCACUUAUAUCGGUGGCAAUGAAUUUCUUGUCAAUGAAUAAAGUUCUACCCGAGGCACAUCGGGAUUCGGUGGCCAAAUUUAUGGCAUAUGUGCACACUUCGGUGAAUGCAACCUCCAAGGUGUACCUGCAAACGGAGCGGCGCUACAAUUAUACCACACCAAAAAGUUAUCUUGAACAAAUCAGUCUGUAUUUGAAGUUAUUAAAUCAUAAACAUGAUGAUCUGCAAGGAAAAAUUGUCCGUUUGGAGAAUGGUCUAGAGAAAUUGCGUUCGACCGCCGUACAAGUAGCCGAUUUAAAGGUGAAGCUCGCCGUGCAAGAGGUGGAAUUGAAAGAAAAGAAUGAGGCCGCGGAUGCGCUCAUCGAAAUCGUUGGCGUUGAAACGGAAAAAGUGCAAACCGAAAAGGCAGUAGCCGAUGAGGAGGAAAUGAAAGUGGCGCUCAUAGCUGAUGAAGUGAGUAAGAAACAAAAAGACUGCGAAGAGGACUUACUCAAAGCGGAACCUGCAUUAAGCGCUGCGCAAGAAGCGCUCAACACUUUGAACAAAGCAAAUUUAACAGAACUUAAGUCGUUCGGUUCACCACCCGGAGUUGUAACCAAUGUCACUGCAGCUGUUAUGGUGCUACUGGCGCCAGGUGGCAAACUACCCAAGGAUCGUUCAUGGAAAGCGGCCAAAAUUGCUAUGGCCAAAGUGGAUACAUUUUUAGACUCUCUCAUUAAUUAUGACAAAGAGAAUAUACAUCCGGAAAUUAUAAAAGCCAUACAGCCUUAUCUCAAAGAUCCUGAAUUCGAACCCGAGUUUGUACGCUCCAAGUCAGGCGCUGCCGCAGGCCUCUGUGCAUGGGUUAUCAAUAUAAUAAAAUUCUACGAAGUUUACUGUGAUGUUGAACCUAAACGAAAAGCAUUGGCAGCAGCGAAUGCGGAAUUAGCAGCAGCACAGGAGAAAUUGUCGGGUAUUAAACGUAAAGUUGCGAAUCUUGAGGAGCAAUUGGCUAAGUUGACGGCUGAUUUCGAACAAGCGACAGCCGAUAAGCUACGCUGUCAGCAGGAAGCAGAUGCUACUCAGGCCACAAUCGCAUUGGCAAAUCGUCUGGUCAAUGGUUUGGCUAGUGAGAAUGUCCGUUGGGCCGAGGCGGUAAAUAGCUUUGUAAAACAAGGCAUCACUUUGCCGGGAGAUAUUCUACUCAUUACCGCUUUCAUCUCCUAUGUCGGCUGUUUCACUAAACAAUUUCGUAUAGAUUUACUGCUAAAAAUGUGGACUCCGUUUCUAAAAAGCAUUGAUCCACCUAUACCAACAACAGAGAGUUUAGAUCCCUUAUCUUUGCUAACCGAUGAUACAACAAUUGCAAUUUGGACUAACGAGGGUUUGCCCAGCGAUCGUAUGUCUAUUGAAAAUGCCACAAUCUUAUCGAAUUCAGAUCGUUGGCCCUUGAUGAUCGAUCCACAGCUACAAGGCGUCAAAUGGAUAAAACAAAAGUAUGGUGAAGAAUUAAAAGUGAUACGUUUAGGCCAACGAAGUUAUUUGGAUAUAAUAGAAUUGGCCAUCACCAAGGGAUGCAUUGUGCUUAUAGAGAAUAUUGAUGAAAAUAUAGAUCCAGUACUGGAUCCAUUGUUAGGCAGGAAUCUCAUCAAGAAGGGCAAGGCUAUCAAAAUCGGUGACAAAGAGAUUGAGUAUAACUCCAAUUUCCGCUUGAUAUUACAUACCAAACUGGCAAAUCCACAUUAUAAACCGGAAAUGCAAGCUCAAAGUACUUUGAUUAACUUCACUGUAACGCGCGAUGGCUUGGAGGAUCAAUUGCUGGCAGAAGUCGUGAAAGCAGAACGUCCCGACCUGGAAGAGCUGAAGGCUGAUUUAACAAAGCAACAAAAUGAUUUUAAAAUCAUGCUGAAGAAGCUCGAAGACGAUCUCUUGUCUCGGCUAUCCUCAGCUGGAGAAAAUAUUUUAGGCGAUACAGCUUUGGUGGAAAAUUUAGAAACUACGAAGAGUACCGCUUCAGAAAUUGAGCAAAAGGUAGCUGAGGCUAAAAUCACAUCAAAAGAAAUUGACAAAGCUCGCGAAUAUUAUCGUCCGGCAGCAGCACGAGCGAGUUUACUUUAUUUCAUACUCAACGAGCUGAAUACCAUUAAUCCCAUAUAUCAAUUUUCGCUAAAGGCUUUCAGUGUAGUUUUUCAAAAGGCCAUCGCACGCGCCGAUCCCGGUGAAACUUUAGAUGCUCGCGUUUCUAACUUAAUCGAUUGCAUCAGUUACUCCGUAUUCCAAUACACAUCCAGAGGUCUUUUCGAGUGCGAUAAAUUAAUAUUUGCAUCACAAAUGGCUUUUCAGAUUCUUCUUAUGAACGAGGAGAUUACAUCUACGGAACUGGACUUUUUACUCCGCUUCCCGAUUAAACCCCAUGUCACAAGUCCCGUUGAUUUUCUAUCUAACCAAUCGUGGGGCGGAAUAUGCAGUCUGGCGUCUAAAGAUGAAUUUCGUAACCUUGAUCGAGAUAUAGAGACAUCAUCGAAGCGUUGGAAAAAAUUAGUCGAAUCUGAAGCGCCUGAAAAGGAGAAAUUCCCCCAAGAGUGGAAGAAUAAGACGGCAUUGCAGCGUCUGUGCAUGAUACGUGCACUUCGACCGGAUCGCAUGACCUAUGCGCUUUCAGACUUCAUAGCAGAGAAACUGGGCAGUAAAUAUGUUGAGAAUCGUGCAUUAGAGUUUGCUAAAUCUUUUGAGGAGACCAGUCCUUCUACGCCAAUUUUCUUCAUACUCUCGCCGGGUGUGAAUCCGCUAAAAGAUGUUGAGGCUUUGGGCAAACUGAUGGGUUAUACAAUGGAUCUGGGUAAUUUCCACAAUGUUUCGCUUGGUCAAGGCCAAGAAGUGAUAGCAGAGUCGGCCAUGGAUACAGCUGCUAAAAAUGGGCAUUGGGUGGUGUUACAAAAUAUACAUUUAGUGCGUAAAUGGUUGCCCGUGUUGGAAAAGAAAUUGGAAUUUUAUGCAGAGGGCUCACAUCCGGAAUAUCGUAUGUUUUUGAGCGCCGAACCAGCUUCGUCGCCAUCGGCGCACAUAAUACCACAGGGUAUACUCGAAUCUUCCAUUAAAAUUACCAAUGAACCGCCUACGGGAAUGUUGGCCAAUCUCCACAAAGCACUCGACAACUUCACGCAGGAAACACUGGAAAUGUCCGGCAAGGAAGCGGAAUUUAAAGCCAUACUUUUCUCACUUUGCUAUUUCCACGCUGUGGUCGCUGAGCGUCGUAAAUUUGGUCCACAAGGUUGGAACAAAAUUUAUCCAUUUAAUGUCGGUGACUUAAACAUCAGUGUGUCGGUGUUGUACAACUAUCUGGAGGCGAAUGCCAAAGUUCCUUGGGAAGAUCUGCGUUAUCUCUUUGGUGAAAUCAUGUAUGGCGGUCAUAUAACUGAUGAUUGGGAUCGACGCUUGUGUAUUACCUACCUGGAGGAGUAUAUGCAGCCGGAUCUGGUUGAUGGUGAACUGUUUCUAGCACCCGGUUUCCCAGCGCCACCCAACACCGAUUAUGCUGGCUAUCACGGUUAUGUCGAUGAGACGAUGCCAGCCGAAUCACCUUACCUUUAUGGAUUGCAUCCGAAUGCCGAAAUCGGUUUCCUAACAACACGUGCUGAGAAUAUAUUCCGUACUGUUUUUGAAAUGCAACCGCGUGAUGCUGGCGCCAGUGGUGGUGCCACAGUGACUCGUGAAGAUAAGGUAAAACAAAUAGUGGAUGAAAUUAUGGAGAAAUUGCCAGAGGAAUUCAAUAUGGUUGAGAUAAUGAACAAGGUGGAAGAGCGUACACCGUAUGUGAUUGUGGCUUUUCAGGAAUGUGAGCGCAUGAAUUACCUCACAAGCGAGAUGAAGCGUAGUUUAAAAGAGUUGGAUUUAGGCUUAAAAGGUGAACUCACCAUCACAUCCGACAUGGAAGUUUUAGAAAAUUCGCUCUUUCUCGACCAAGUACCGCCGGUAUGGACACAACGUGCUUAUCCCUCGAUGCUAGGCUUAAAUUCAUGGUUUAUCGAUCUCUGUUUGAGACUACGUGAAUUGGAAACAUGGUCCACUGAUUUUGUGCUUCCUUCCUGUGUGUGGUUGGCCGGUUUUUUCAAUCCGCAAUCACUAUUAACCGCAAUUAUGCAAAGUACCGCCCGUCGUAAUGAAUUACCGUUGGAUAAAAUGUGCCUACAAUGUGAUGUAACUAAAAAACAAAAAGAGGACUUUACCACAGCGCCACGUGAGGGCGCCUACGUUCAUGGGAUAUUUAUGGAAGGCGCCAGAUGGGAUGUACAACAAGGCAUUAUAAUGGAAUCGCGUCUCAAAGAACUCUAUCCACCAAUGCCAGUUAUAAAUAUUCGGGCAAUUACACAGGACAAACAGGACUUGCGCAAUAUGUACGAAUGUCCUUUGUAUAAGACACGAACCCGUGGACCUACUUACGUUUGGACCUUUAAUUUGAAAACCAAGGAUAAGCCUGGAAAGUGGACAUUAGCAGGAGUGGCUCUGUUAUUACAACCAUGAACAGUAGACCAAGCAAUCUUAUUUGCAUAUGAAAUAAUUAUAUAAUUAAUAAUUUUU